AUGUGGGAUGUCCUCAUUAUGGUUGUUGCUUUUGAAUUCACUGCAGUGGCUGAGCAACAUAAUGCACUUUUGAUAAAAAAUCAGGAAGUCCGUCCCACUAGAGCUGCUCCACUACCGGAAAUAAAUGGGGUGCAAGCACAUGACCAGCCUGAAAGACAGCAAGAUCGGGGUCAUAAUAAUAUGCGUGAAUGUGGCACUAGCAGGGGACGAUAUAAUAAUCGUCGUGGUGGUAACCAAAGAAGGGAGAACCAAAUAGAUCCCCUAAAUAAUCCUUCAAGAGGUAAUUGUCAUCGUUGUGGCAUGAAAGAGUACUGGAAGAAUGAAUGUCGGGUGCCUAAGUCUUUUGCUAGUCUUUAUCAAGGAUCUUGCAAAAGAAAGAAAAAUGAAGAUGGGACCUCUUCUAAUGCCCGAAUGGAGUCAUAUUUGACUUUCAAAAAUGAUGAUGAGGUAGGACCUUCACAAAAAUAUGAUGACAAUGUUGAGGCAAACUUGAUCUUGAAAGAUGAUGAUUUCGAUGGCCUUGAUGAUAUAACUCAUUUGGAAACUGAAGACUUCUUUGGAGACCAAAAUUAA